AUGACUCCUACUGCUUGUGACCCGCAUUCCUCUCCAGCAGAUAUUCGCCCCGUGAGAGGAUGAUUCACUUUCAUUUGCACCCUCCAUUAAAACUUUGAUAAUAAGCACUGACAGAUGGAGUAAACAUCGGUUGAGACCAUCCCGACUUUCCGCCAUGGUGUGCUGAAAUACUCGAGUCGUAAUUUACACCGUUGGAUGGGAGAAGUUUGAAUAUCUGACUCGGCUUUGCAGCUGAACUCGUCCGCGCCGCUUCCUGACAUGCUUUGAUAAUGGAUCGGAGAUAGCGAAUGACUGAGGAUCAUCUUCCACCUGAGGGAAAGCUGCAUUUUUCUUUCCUCCGUGUCAGCGAUGGCCGAGAGUGUUAUGGCAGAGUCCAGGAGGUGUAAUUAUUUCUUCCUCUAUGAUGGAUCCAAAGUUAAGGGAGAGGGUGACCCUACAAGAGACGGCAUCUGCUACUUCUAUCCUGAGGAGACCCCUAUCGAUAAGCAGGAGCUGCUGUGUGGCCAGCUUGCAGGAGUAGGCCGCUGUGUCUCCGAGCUCUCCUCCUCGCCUGUGCGAAUCCUCAGGCUACGCCGCAGCAAGUUUGCAGUCCGCAUGAGAGAUGACUUCUUCUGGGCUCUGGGCUGUUCAAUGGACGUCCCCACCGUCAGUGUCUGUGAGCUCCUGGACCAGCUGAUAAGCCUCUUCUGUUUCUACAACGGCUCUGUCCGCCAGAGCUACCAGCUGAACAGCCGGGAAGCUCUAGCUGCGCGGUGGGCUCAGUACCUCGCACACCUACAAACAGGAUCCACAGAACUUCACCACGUCUUCAGCUGCCUGAGGACCAUUGACCCAACUAAUAUUGACCCACUUCUCCUGCUCAAAGCCGCCCUCAUUCUCCAGGCCUGCCAGCGCUGCCCUCUAGUGUUAGCUGGCUGUAUUCUCUUCCGUGGAAGAGUUGUAAGCACACAGAUGCCACCAGAUCUCACCGUAAAGGUCAUGGUUCAUGAGAGUGAAACAUACAAGGACCAGAGGCUGAACGGGCUGAGCUCCUCCGGCUCCUCGGGCAGUGCCGUGAGCUCCACCACUGUGUUCCUGACCGUCUCUGACCUUCAGUGCCUACAGUCCUGCCCCGUCGAGAGAGAAUUCAGGUCUCACUCUACCCCAAACAAAGACAGCUGCCCAAAGAAGACCCGUCUGUCAAGAACGUUAUCUGACACACCCUCCAGUGAUUACGAGCCAUCUGAGCCUGAUUCCUCUCAGUCCCCCUUUUCAGCCCAGAAGGUUUCCUUCAACCCUCUUUUGUCAGGAUCAGAUAACUCUGCGUGUAGCCCGAGUCUGUCGCAGACUGCUGCCGAUCCACCCGACACUCCACUCCACUCCCUCAAGGAUCCUUUCCUAAAUGGAAAAAUCUCCCAUGAAGUCGAGGAGGAAGCGCUCCAAGAGUCGUAUUAUCACAGUUUUCAUAGCAAUGGUGGUGGAAGCAGCCAGAUACAUAUCGAAGGAGACAGCUCUACGCUUGAGGAAAUGUCUCAUGUUAACGGACAGGAGGGAGACGGCGCCACAGCUGACAGAGAGAGGCCUGGAGCUCGUGGGGCGACGCUGUUUGACUACAGAGGAGGUGAACCUGGGAAUGGAGGUUCACACGAAGAUAACGCUGGCAGCGUGAAUACAGGAGACCAGCGGGCUGAGAGGGGAGGGAUCCCUCCCUGCUCCUCGCUUUUUGACAACCCAGCAGAGGGUCCCCUGGUCCCUAUGACUCUGUACCAGCACCGGGUGAAAGGCUUGGUGCUCGCCCUGCUUGUGGAGCCGCACUUCCAGGAUGACACAGCUGCCAUGGAGGAAGUGUAUCACAGCAGCCUAGCAUCACUGAAUGGACUGGAGGCCCAUCUCAGGACCAUCACUCCAGGGGCCGGGGGCCCUCAAGGGCCCUACAUCUUUGCCCACUUUGACUGUCUUCAAAACACACUGACAACCAACCUGUCUGGUCGACCAGGGGGAGCCCAGGAGCGCUCCUUUGUGAGAGCCACAUCGCUUCUUCACUCGCAUUUUUGUAACACUGAAACUCUGCAGGAGGCUAUUAUCAGGAAUGCCGGGGCUGCUGUGUAUGGAACCCGCAACGUGGCACAGGAGACUUACUUCCUGCAGCAUGGUGGCAAUGUGAGGAACUCGGGGAUCCCUAACCACCAGGACAGCGCUUUCUCCCUGCCCAGCAAGGCCCGCCACAGACUGCUGAAACACGGGGUCAACCUGCUCUGAUGGAGAGGGGCUCCAGCUCCACUCUGUGUUGACAGAACUACUGUUUUUUGCUGAGUGCUGAACGCUUGUUUCAUGAAUAACCUUUGUGAUUAAGUAUGCAAAGACAACAGGAAAGAUUUGAGGAAAGAGCUACGAUUAAAAGCUUACUCUGUGUUUUGUAACGUCCAUGGUACGCUGCACACAUUUUGCAACCCGGUCAUUUCACAAAUACUUACAGUUCACUCAAGUCCUUCACACACUGAAUGUAUUUUUGUCUCCUAUUUCUGUUUACUCCGGAAAAUGAAAGUCAAACAAAAUUCAAACCUUAUACAUUUUAUCUUUGUAUAGUCUUAAAAGCAUAUAAUGCUCUCAGGUAAUUAUAUAAACCCUGAAAUAAAGUGCUUUUUAUUAAAAUGUGUAUUUAUUUCAAAUCAGUUAUUUGGAAAUGAUGUUAUUUAAAUGUUGAACUGUUAGAUCCACUAUAGUUGUUUUCCUUGUAAAUGUUAUUGUUAAAAAAGCCUAUCUUUAUUUUAGGCCUCAUAUUGUGUAUCAAUACUGGAAAAAUAAAUGAAUACAUAAUCCUCUC